ACUAAACUUCACCAAUCAAAUUUUGUUGAACGUCAACAAAACUUGAAAACAGCCGAAAACGAUCUGCGUGAACUGCGUCGUGAUCAUUUGCCGCAUUUGGACAACGUUUUGAGAUAUGAAGCUCAAAGUCAAAUGGGAUCAUCAAAGUCGAGUUGUAGACCUUGGGGACAGAGGAGUGGCAGUUGUCACCCUUGGCGAAUUGAAACAAAUUGUGGCUUCCGAGUUUCAAGCUGAAGAUCAAGACUUCCAGCUGAGUUUGAACAAGCGUGAUGCUCUUCAAGGAGAGGAUCAGGUCUUGUUGGAAUUCGGCAUGGUGUCAGGUGAUUUGGUCCAUGUCAUUGGUGCCAGUGUACCAGAAGCAGCCAUCGAAGCCGCCGCGAUCACCAGACAACAGCCCGUCGAUUCUCGCACAUCCAGCAGUUCCAGCCAAGCAUUUUUCUCUGCUUCUACCGAGGGUAGUGCAGCUUCAAGUGCUUCGCCGUCAGCCGCAUCACAGUCGCUGGAAGUAGAGGGUGGAUCAUCAGACUUGUCACACCGAGAGAGCGAAAUGGACUUCAGUGAAGCAGAUGAUGUCGAGAAAGAGUUACUUCAAGCAAAAAUAGGCCAGGCAGAAAUCAACAGAUACCUGAAGGAGCCCCUGGUUGUGCGUGAGUCUACGGGCUCACAGGUCCCGAUCUCUCUCAGUCAGCUGUACCAGUCCGCAGGCUGCACCUUGUCCACUGAUGCCCUGUGGGUGGCUGUGCACUGCCUCAUGCUCGAGUCUGGCUUUACUUGCCGGCAGAGUCCAGUAAAUACGGGGUCUAUGCCAGACAACUGGAAGCGACCGGGCUACUACAGAUGUGAGUACACCUAUCAAGUGGCUACUGACGUCAGCGCCCCCUGCUCAGUCACUGGAGUCACGCUCGGCUCUACUAUUGCUGUAAAUGGUGUGGCUCAGACCGAGUCAGGCUUCAACACAGAAACUUUUCACCUCACGUCGUCUCAUUUUGUGCGGGGCCUUAGCAGUGAUGUGCCAACAGUGUUCAGAGCCCUUGACAAACUUUCCCUGGUCAUCAAAGACAAAAUCUGUCUUCCUCUGACUAAUGAAGUGGUUACAGCUGCAGGCUACAGGGAGAGGCAAGGAUUGCUUGCUUUACCGUGGGAAGUUCAGUUGCGUGUGUUGUCCUGUCUAGAUGCUCGCAGCUUGUGCCGUUUGGGUCAGACAUGCCAUGAGCUGUGUACUGUGUACAAAGACAAAAUCAUCUGGAGGCGUCUUCACCUCAUGCACUUUGGAGGUAAAAAGGAACCGACAAACAGUUCACUUAGUCAGGACUGGUUUCAGCUGUACAGAGACAACUUCAUCACUCGGAAGCGGAGAGAAGAGGAAAUACGCAGGCACCAGCAUCUUAUUGACCCCAUGUGGCCGCAUACAGGGCUGAUUGGGUCAAGGCCAUUUGCUCCUUUGGCGCCCUUCCCUCAUGUGAUAGGUGGAGAUUAUGAUCUGAACCCCGAGUUUGCGUCUGGAAUUCACCACCCUAUGGGUCGGCUCGCCCACGGUCAGCGAGGGCCAGGCAUUCCUUCAGGGCCCAACGUAGACCCGUUCUCCCCUCUCGUGGGCCGAGACGCGCUGCCAGGACGACCCUUGGGGGGCAGGAGCAACAUGACAGGCUCUCCAUUUGCCAGCAGCAACAGAAGAUUUUUUUAGCAGCGCCACAUAUGAUGCUUAUCAGGCAAAAUUUAUAUUUUAAAGAAUCUUUUCCUUUCAGCUACUUGACAAGUGCCUUUGUUACCUUUCACUUGAAAAAGAUAGGUAGAGGUAUCAAAGUUCAAAAACUUUAAAGCAAGAAAAUAGAUAUUGAUGUAGCCGUAGGUAAGUUAUUUACUGACAAUUUAAUAAAAGUAUAAAACACUGAAGGAUGCAGUUUUUGAAGGCCUUAUCAUUAUGGAAGCUUUUGCCUAGUACCAGCUGGAAAAGGUGGACGACAGAAUGUUUUGUUUUAUCUAUUUAGGCAUUUAGUGACUCCUGAAUGUGAAAAGAACAUCCUUGAUUCUUCAUGAAGCAAGUUAUACUUUUGUAUGGAAUUCAAAUAUUUACUAGAUUUAAUAGCUUAUAUUUUGACAAAAUAAAAACAAAACAUCUUUUUGACUUUCCUAACAGCCAAAAGACAGAGCUUGCAUCUGUUUGCUUUGUUAUGGGUUUGCUGGUGCUGGUAUGAUGAAGAAGAGUCAAGAGAGUUGAAAUAUGGUUGAGGAAAAGGGGAAGGGUGGGAGAGCAGGGGGGAUAGCUGGAGGAUUGUUGUUUUCAAAUCCCAUUAGCUAUGAGCAUUUCGCUCUUGGCAGCGUAGCUGGAGGAUAGAAUGAGAGAGAAUGUGAGAUGGUGAAGAGAGAGAGAGAGAGCGAGAGAGAGCGAGAGAGAGAGAGAGAGAGAGAGAGAGAGAGAGAGAGAGAGAGUAAAUGGUACCAAAACUGGAAAAGGAAACUCUUUAACCUCUUCGUUGCAUUAUGACAUACCUGGUACGUUAUGAAAAUAAAAUGCGUAAUUUUGAACGCUGUGCCGUACCAUGUAUGUUACGAAUGUAGGCAAAAUUGGCCGCUCCUGGUUGCCUAUAUGAUGUUACAUGUAUGUCACACUAAUAACCUGGCUCUAAUUCUUCUGUACUGAGUUUUAGCGACAAGGGCUGCGUAGAUUCGUAUUCUGAAAUAAAAGAUGCGCGUAUCGGUACCAAAUUUGCUAGUAUUACUUUACUCUUAGGCUUGCGUGUGAUCAAUAAACACAGAUCUAUCUAAGCUUGUGGGCGGCAAGUACUCUUGUAAAAUGUAAACAUUGAAAUGACUUUAAAAAGUCAAAUAAUUCACUUUUUGACUUAGAUUUGCAGGUUAUUGGAAAUUAUGAGUAAGAUGGGAGGACAUGGGGAAUAAAAAAAAGUGAGAAAAGUGACAAUCGAAGACCCGGUGUCAGAAAUAUGUCAUGAGUAAUCUAGAUCUAGACCACGCGUCCAUUAACACUGAGACAUUAGACUGCUGUCCUGGGAAACGAGCUCAGUUGAAAAUCAGUGCUGACAGUGGGAACGUAUACCCACUGGCAUCGAAAGGGUCAAAAGUUUUUUGUACUUGUUUUGUUGUGUAUUUUCACUCUGUUGAUUAUCUAAAGAAACACAAUAAAAAGUUAAAACGUU